UUGUUUGGAAAUCGGAAAUGGUCUAUUCCUCAACUUAAUCGAGGCGUUGAAAUGACCUAUGUAAUGCAACGUCAAACAGACCAUGUUGAUGUGAGCCGUGUGCUGAUUAUAGUAAUGACGAUCAAAAUUAUGCCUGUUAAUGGUAGAGAAACUGCUACCGCUUAACUUUUAUGCACUGCUUUCUCUCUCUCUAAUUUUGUGGUGAUAAAAAGGCCAGCUGAUCAAUAGUUUUAAAUUUACAGAAUAUUUUUAAUUCAAAUAUGGUUAAGACCUGCGAUAACUCCACCUCGAUGAAUUGCAUAAAAAUGUGUCAUCGAGAAGAUCCAUUCCAAGCUAUAAAUCGUUGUGUUACGUUUACAGAAUGUAAUAAAGUGACACUUCAAAGAAAUAUCUUAAUAUAAACUAAACCUCUUACAUUCCUUUCUCAGUCCUUGGCAGCAAUUUUGAUUUGAUUUUCAAGCGCGAUACUGCAAACGACAUGGUUAUAUUAUCAGACGGUGAAAGCAUCCCUACAAUGAGGUUUUUUACCAUCGCCCUGUUUGUCCGAGCAGACUCCGAGCAGAGCUCAGGAACACUCUUCAGCUACAGUGUGCCUGGUGUACCACAAGACGUGAUAAUUCUCUCAUUCACUGAGUCACAGGUUAAGCUGGCGAUUAAAACUGAAGUUGUGGCAGCUGAUUUCAAAUUACCGGACAAUAAUUGGAACUACGUGGGCGUAGUUUGGAGCGGAACGACAGGAGAUGUGUCCGUGUACAUUAAUGGCCCUGAGAUAAAAAGGGCCAGGAACAUUCUCAAAGGUGAGAUUUUACUGACUUCUCAACAGCAGCUUUCAUCGGGGCACAAGUUUGAAAAUUUGUAAUCCUUUCACUGCAUUAAUCUAUUGCAGUCAAACUCUACCGCAAAAGAGCAAUCAGAUAGUAUUCUGAACAAAGCAAUAGCAUUUUAAGAGCUGAUCACUAAAUCGAUAGCAUGGACUGUACUGCAAAUGGUCCAUGAUAACUUUGAAAUCAACGAUCAAAAUUGAAUUUACUUUCACGAGUUCAAUUUUACUGUAAAAAUCCAGGUGAUAUCAUCACUGGCGGGGGAUGGAUGGUUCUUGGCCAGGAGUUCCUCGCUGGAAAACCAUCAUCUUCUUUAUCGACUGCUUUUGCUGGUACAUUACAUCAAGUCAGCUUUUGGGACGUGCCUGCUACUGCGGAUCACAUGUGGAAUGCAGCACACAACUGUACUUGGCCCAUUGCUGGAAGUGUGCGCGCGUGGAGUAGUUUUCUUCAAGGAAUCAAAGGCAAAGUGGAAAAGCGAUUCAUUACGCAGUGUCAAGGUAAUCAGAGUGAGUAACAGAAAGCGCUGCAAACGUUAGCGCCAGCUGCGAGUGAAUAAGAUUAGGAGAAUCCACGGUCUUGGAAGGAAAGGCUACACAACAAAAAAAACACUUAAUGACCGGUCCCGAGGGAAACAGUUAAUUUUGUUUCCCGACAAUCACACUGUUUCCCGUGAAGGAGCCAAGGAAAACAUUGAGAUUCGAGUUUCAAUAUUAGAUGUCAUGUGAUCUCGAAGUAAGCAAUGAGAGCGCAAGCUGUUGGGAAGAAAUUCACAGCUAUUUAACGAUACCGUUUUAUGACUCCUGGGCUCAGAACUUUCAAUGUGAUUCCGUUUUGAGGUGAAAAGAUGUUUAAGUGUCAUUGUUGGCAAAAUUGAAGCCGUCGAUAAAAAUAACUGUCCACUAAAUUCUACCCGUCAAGCGAAAAACGAGUCACAAAAUCGUUGCGCUGGACACUUAAACAUCUUUCCGCCUCAAAACGGAAUAUUAAAAUAUCUUGAAACUUUCAGCCUUAGCUAUGUGCGCCACAAACUGUUCUCACUUCCUGAACUGCGAGUCUCGGCAGGGAAUGUACCACUGCAACUGCGUCCCUGGAUUCUCUGGACCACAUUGCAACAUUAACAUAGAUGAGUGCAAGUCCAGUCCUUGUGUCAAUGGAAAGUGUAUAGAUGGUAUAAAUCAGUAUGAGUGCGUGUGCAACAAAGGCUACUGGGGAACAAACUGUGAAAAGAAGGUCAACGAAGAAAAAGGUCAGUGAAAAAACAAGAGAACUUAAAGGCCCAUUAACAUUAUUUGUCAGAGUUCCAAAGAUGGGGUAGUAUCCUUACUGAGCGCCGUUUCCCAUUAGCCGAAAUGGAGAUUCUUUAACUCACGUUUGUAGUAUGAAGUCAAAUGCUAUUCUCUCUAACUGCCGGCGUUUGCUGCCAGAUAAGCAGUAUGUAAGCUUUUGUAGAGGAAUGGGUUUGUUUACUUCUUAUCGCCUCCACAGAAUGCUCAAGCCUUCCACAGCCUUCAAAUGGCAACAUUUCAUGCAAAAAACUUUCCGGGAAAGAGCUUUGUACUAUAACAUGCAACGAAGAUUACUCAUUCAGAUCUGAGGCAAUAACAACAUUCGGCUGUGGUCCUGACACUGACUGGAAAUGGAAUGGAAAGGCAGACAUUGAAGUUCCAACCUGCACAAGUAUGUAUAUUUGUGUCAGUUGAUCUUGUCUCUCUACGUGGAACUGACACGUUUUGGCACAGAAAAUCGUUCAAGAGGAAACCUACGUGUUGUAACCAUGCACAAAAGAGGCUCUUUUUCUGGCGUUAAGGAGUCUUAGUAGAGCUAAGUGGAACGAGGAGUAACAGUACCUUUCUGGUGCAGCUUUACCAGGAAAUAUUCGGCUAAUCAUUGAGUAAAAUAUUUACACUGUUACCCUGGUAACUUUACAGUGCGACUACUGUGACCGGAGCCACUUAGACAAAGUAGACCAAUCGGAUUACAGAAAAAUAACAAUACAUUCCAAGAAAGUUGGUUGUGGGCCAAUCAACAGUUCGUAAAACAACAGUAAGUUACUCGAAGCACAAAAUUUAAAUUUUGACAAAAAAUGUUUCGCAAGAAAGCAAAACACUCAGGAGACAUAAUUGUUUGACACAAGCUGUUAUUUUGUCAUCUACCGGCAAUUUCUUCGUUACCACUGUCACGCUUUGAAAUAACAUCACGAUCUCAAGUCAAAAAUGUAACUAACCUUUACGUUUUUUGCCUCCGUCAACACUCUAACGGACCUCUCAGGAAACACGGGCUUUCUUCAACAGGUUCAAAAGGUCAGGUUUAUAGGUUGUAAUUGGUUGAAUUCUAUAUAUGUUGUUUACUUCGUUUCGUGGUAAUUAUGAUUGACAACUAACUUUCUCAGAAUGUAUUGUUAAACUCCUGUAACUCCGAUUGGUCAACUUUGUCUAGGUGGCCCCGGUUAUAGUAUUCGCAUUGUAAGAUGCAAUUCCCUAUGGUAAUAUUUUUCCACGAAAUAGACGAAUAUCUGUGAAUGGAAUCUCGUUGCCCUUUAACAAUGCACAGCACUCCGAGGUGUAAUAACAGCUUUUGCGCAGUGAUAAUCCUUACUUCCUUACAAACAAUGGUAUUUUCCAAUUUACCAAGUCAUUCAUUAAAAUGAUUUUUCUCAUCAGGCAAGGCAAAGCCAAAGAAGAUCGAGCAUCACCUUUCAGUGAAGUUUAUUGGAAUGGGGUGUCAGAUCAGUCGAGGUCCCAGCGAUAUUCAUUCAGCUUUGGAGCAGGAAGUGGCCGAAACUCUUUCAACAAUACCAGGAUGUCUCGACUCUAACGCCUGCAACCUCACGAUGAUCUCAGUUCCCGAAUGUGGUUGGACAGCUCUUCAAAAGAAAAGAAGAGCAGUCGUCGAUGGAAUGGAAGUAUUAUUUUCGUUGUUAAUCAAAGCGGUCGAGUCAGCUUCGAUGACGGAUGAUGUUGACGAGAAAAGUGAAGCUGUGCUAUUUCAGAUGCAAUACGCCAUCUCCACUGGGCAGUUUAGGAUCAGUUUACAUGGUGUUAACAGCACCGCAGACAGGUCCUCUUUUAAACACCUCUCGUCUGAGAUCACAUGUAAUCCAGGGUUUGUAAAGAGCAGUGACAAGACCGGAUGUGGUAAGCAGCAAAUAAUCAACGCCAGUAUAUAUUAGUAUCAGUAUAGUCUGCACCACACACGAAAAAAAACUCUGGUUAAGUCCGUCUGCAAAACAGCUCCGAAAUCCUUGUUCUGGGCCCCCACCUGUGUACCAGGGUUUGAGUACGCGCUAUGAUUGGCCUGUUAAAAAAGCCAUUGGCAAUUUGCGAAUCAAGAUAAAAGGAAAUUCGUAUGUACUUCCAGUAAUUCGUUGACUCCGUUGCCGGGGGCCCAGUACGAGAUGAUGGCGCUGCUUCGCAGACGUCAUUAACCAAGGUUAAAUUACGUCUGCGACGCAGGCUGAAAUCAGUUUGGCAUAAAAUGAUUGGAGAUCUGGUCGCAGCUGUUCAAAAGCUGGAUAGCGCUAUCCACCGGGUAAAUCACUAUCUAGUGGAUAAAUAUUGGGGAAGCCAAUUGCGCUAUCCUGUGUAUAUAACAAUUAUUCACCGAAGUGGAGGUGGCUAGUAUUGGAUAUUUACCGAGGCCGCGAAGCGGCGCGGUAAAUAUCCAAUACUAGCCACCGACACUGAGGUGAAUAAUUGUUUUAGUAUGUACUAAAACAGUGAGAUAAUUUAGCACAAAAUGAUGAUUUUUAACUCAUUUACUGUUGCCAACGAUUACAAUUUUGGCGCGCAAUGACCGAACUGCCGCAGUCGUCGCUUUUUCUUAGCGACAAAUAAAACUUUUGAAGGCGUUUGUUUAGCUCUUGCGGGGAAGUUUCUUCAAAAGGAGUUGUGAAUUCUGUUUGUAUUUAAAAUAAUUCUGUAAAAAAGAUUAUUAAAUUUAGUUUUAAGCUUAUUUAUGAACAAGUCAACUAAAUAAAGUAACGCAAGACUUAAGCUUAAUUUGCAUUUGUAAACAAAAAACUUUUUCACCGGUUUUAUCGAUAACUAAGCUAUAACUAUUCAAGUCAAAAAGACAAAGCUUUACCUGUUAAAACUUCCAAACCGAACUUUGUCACCUUCUUCAUGUAUUUCCGAAAUAGCUUGCUUGAUUAGUUGUGAAAUUUCUUAGUUUUUUACGGCAGCAAACCGCGAAAGCAUUUUGCUCGCAACCUACGCUUGUUUGGCGUCUCUCGCUCGGAGGAACUGGAGGUGAAUCAGUGAAUAGUGCAGGAUAUUCACUGAUUGAGUAGCCAAUCAGAGCGCGCGAAAAACACUAUCCACUGUUUUAGUAUACACUAAAGAUAUUUAUCCGGUAGAUAGCGCUAUCCACCUUUUGAACAACUGGAGCCUGAAUGUUAAGUAAAACCCGUGUUACCUGUUUUCUUCAAUAGUCGCCUGUCCUGUGGGAACGUUCUAUCACCAAGAAUCUUCCAAUUGUCCAGCCUGCUCCAAAGGCACUUAUCAAGAUAAAGAAGGACAGAGUAGCUGCAAGUGUUGCAGUGAUGGAAAGACAACAGACAAAAAAGGAGCUAAAUCUGCAAACGAUUGUGAGCCAAGUAAGAAUACAUAGAUAAGAUAAAGAUAAGAGAUAAUAGUUUCUUUGUAUUCUCCCCUUAUGGGGCUUUUCAAGGAUAGUGAAACAAAUAAUUUAAAUGGCACAUAACAUGGUUACGAAUCCUAACUGGUAGGAGGCGAACCCGUUGGCUAUUUUACAAGAGCGGCCAUGAAUUUGAACUCGGGACUACCGAGAACAAAUCGAGCAGUGGUCAGGGUGGAACUUGAACUCGGGGCCUCCGAAUCACAAGUCCACCGCUCUAACCGCUCGGCCACGCUGCCUGCAUAACGCAUGGCUGAGGCAUUUCAAUGCGUCAAAGUUUCUCCUUUUCUGACUUUGGACAAAAUGCAAAUGCAAUUGAACAAAAAUAUUUUCUUAUCAUGAAAAUGAGACUUUAGUGAAAAACUAGCUUAAGCAUGCGUUUUUUUUUUUUUGCAGCAAAAACAAAGGAUGGAACGAGUCUGAUCAAAAUCACCGUACCAGUGGUUAUUGUAUUUGUCGUUGGCAUCGUCGGGAUAGGGGUCUACUGCAGGUAUGUGGUAAUCUCCUACCCAGAUAUCAUGUCUACAAGAGAUCUGGGAACUAGAUUAGGUACGUGGUGAUGGCACAGGUGAUAAAACCGAGUGGUGUAGCUUACACACUCAGUCACUUAUCCUACCAAAUCUAGCCUGGAACUUCGUCAUUUGGAGCAAUAUGUAGUAUUAUCUAUCCGCAUUGUAGGUUGGACCAGCAGUACUCUAGAAACUCGAAAAUGUUUAAUAGGGUUUUUACAAAAAACAAAAUAAAGAACUAAUACGCAAUUUUAUAUCAACAAGUCUCCAAUCUUUCCUGUUCUGUUUCUUACUCGAUCCUUGAGCACAUCUACUCUUACUUCUUCACUGCAUGUGCGAUGGUAUUCGCAAUCAAAAUGAACUGGUACAUGAAGUAACUCUUUGGCGGGGUUUAAACUAACCUCAACGCAAACAUUAUUAGGGAUGAUCUGGAAUAUCUCAUCCCUAAAGAACAACAGUCUAGCCUAUACAGUCUUUUUGUUGUUGUUUUUUGGAAGCUACGCAAGUUAAACAAAUAUAUAUUCUGUUUGUUGCUUUAUUUGUGUCCCAGGUGUCGCCGUCCUCGAUGCCAGGACCCACCAGUCAAGAAGGAUAAAGCACACACAUACGGUCAGAACAAUCCCGCAUUUGAGCUAGGGACAGGAAGUAUUAACAAAGACCAAGAGCACCUCUACAGUGAAAUAUCAGACCAACACUCUUUUAACGAACAGUACCAAGUACCAAACAAUGCACCAGUAUACCAAUCUGUAACACCCAAGAGCGCGGACGACUGUAAAAACAAUCAUUAUCAGGCGCUUAAUAAAGAUCAUGCCCACAAAACCAACCAUUAUCAGAAACUUAAAGACAUCGGUGGAGAACCACGACAUGUUUAUGAAAACUUUGGUAAGCAUAACGAUCAGACAGAAGUCUAAAGGAAGAAGGAAGGAUAUUCUUUGUAGCGAAAACCCAAGGAAUUUCUAAGCAACAUAAAUUGUAGUAUGACACCUAUUAUAACAGACAACGCCAGUAUGUAAUCGAGUAUGGCAAAUUGCUUAUCAAAGACUAAUCCUCAAACAGCAGUUACUAGCGUAAAAAAAUCUUUAGGCGUACCAAAUAGCACCUAAAACACUGUUCAAAAUUGAACUGGCUUCCAAAGUAGAACGACAUAAAACUUGUUUUUCACACCACAAAAAUAUACUUCAAAAUAGUCGAAGCUUAAAUUUUUUGAUAGAGACCUUGAGGCAAUGCAAGCUAGAGUUAUUCGUGUCGGUCAGAAAUGGGAAUUCACAGUUUUAGUUGAAGCUAGUCUUCAGACUUUCAAGAACGCUAUCAGAAAUUUAGAUAUUUUUGGCAUUUUAGAAAAUAACUGUGACUGUUGUGACCUUUACAGAUCCUGAUUUUAUGAUUAUAAGAUUUUAAGAAUUUGAAUUUCAGAUACAGAUUAUGUAUCACGUAUUUUUUUAGAUUACUGUAUUUUUUAGGUUAGUGUCCCCAGUUAGCUGUCUUAUAUUUUGUACAGCUAAAUACAUUUGACAC